CGGCCCGCGCUCGGGCAGCGGCGCGGGCAGCCCGGAAGCGGAAGCGCGGGGCCUGGCGCGGUUGCCGAGCGCCCGGCGGAGGCGGCGGCGGGCGGCGGCUGCGUCCCGUCGCUAUGAGCGCGGCCGGGCUGGUGUCUGCCACGCCGCCGGCCCCUGCCCCGCCCGGGGCGCCCGCCGGCACCAUGCCCCCCGGCCCCGAGUACUACGAGGAGGAGGAGCUGGAGAGCGCCGAGGAGGAGGACGGCGAGCGGAGCGCCCGGGCCCGCGACUCCGACGAGGAUACCGAGGAUGCUAGUGAAACCGACCUGGCCAAACAUGAGGAGGAGGACUUCGUAGAAAUGAAAGAACAGAUGUAUCAGGACAAACUGGCAUCUCUUAAGAGGCAAUUACAACAAUUGCAGGAAGGUACUCUUCAAGAAUAUCAGAAAAGAAUGAAAAAAUUGGACCAGCAGUACAAAGAGAGGAUACGGAAUGCAGAACUUUUCCUCCAGCUGGAAACUGAUCAGGUGGAAAAGAAUUACGUCAAGGAAAAGAAGGCUGCAGCAAAGGAGUUUGAAGAUAAGAAAAUUGAGCUUAAAGAAAACCUGAUUGCAGAGUUGGAAGAGAAGAAGAAGAUGAUUGAGAAUGAAAAGUUAACCAUGGAAUUAACAGGAGAUUCUAUGGAAGUGAAACCUAUCAUGACAAGGAAACUGAGGCGGCGACCAAAUGAUCCAGUUCCUAUCCCAGACAAGAGGAGGAAACCUGCCCCUGCUCAGCUAAAUUAUUUGUUGACUGAUGAGCAAAUAAUGGAGGACCUGAGAACUCUGAAUAAGCUUAAAUCGCCCAAGAGACCAGCCUCUCCCUCCUCUCCUGAACACCUCCCAGCUACACCAGCAGAGUCUCCAGCACAGCGGUUUGAAGCCCGGAUAGAAGAUGGGAAACUUUACUAUGAUAAAAGAUGGUACCACAAGAGCCAGGCUAUUUACCUGGAGUCUAAAGAGAACACUAAGAUCAGCUGCGUGAUCAGUUCUGUGGGCGCCAACGAGAUCUGGGUGAGGAAAACCAGUGACAGCACAAAGAUGAGAAUCUAUCUGGGACAGCUGCAGCGAGGUGUUUUUGUGAUUCGUCGACGAUCAGCUGCAUGACUAUGCUCUUCCUUGGUCCCUUUUUUUUUUUUUUUUUUUAAACAGGUAGACAAACCUCUAAUGGGGACUGGCAGUCUGUUCACUCUCACCUUAGCAGCAGCGAACACUGUCAUGACCUCUUGCGAGACAGUUUGUGGCUGGCCACAUCACCCCCAGUAGUCCUUAAACCUUUAGUGAUACCCAAGCCCUGCCCUGGACUAUUUCUGGACUUUGCAUCAGGCUUCUGUAUGCUUUCUUUAUAUUUCGGGAGACUAUUUAAGAAGACUUUGCAUCAGACUUUUCACCAUCAUUUCAUGAUGCAUAGAUGGGACUUGUAUGUUGAAAACAACGUAACGUUUAUGUUUUGAAUCAGACCAAUGGAAAAAAACUUUGCUUGUCCAGACCUGAGGUUGUUUGUUCUUUUUGUUUUCCUGCAAAGCUCAGGAUAUCGGGCAAAAGGAAAUUAAUCCUGCCAGCUUUCAGCUGCAGCUGAGAGAUGCGUCUGUAACAUCUGGUAUACAACAUCAGCUUUAUUGGAUGAACUGUUUAAAGACUUGAGCACUGAGGCUUUUUUAGGAAAAUAUGAACAAUUUAGGAACUGCUGAAAAUCCAGUUGAUUUUAAUGUUGUUAAACAGUCACACUUGGCUAAUCCAAAGCUUCCUUUUGUCUUCACAUUUAAAAGACCCUUCAAUGAAUAAGUAAAGAGUAUGUCUGUACUGCUGCAAUAGAUUUCCUGAGAUAGGCAAAUAGGUAUAAACCAAAGGAUUAAUUAACUGGACUUUGCACUAGGGAGUGAGGCUAUUUGAAUGAGAUAUAUAGAGAUAUAUAUGAGUGUACCACCCAUAUGAUGAUGAAAGGUAAAUUUCAGUUUCUUUACUGAUGUCUUGAGAGUAAUGGGUCGUGCUGGGAUGACACUGGCAUAAGAUACCGGAUCUGUCGUAUCUUACAAAGAAGCUUGAUGCAGAGUGGAAGGCUGCAUUGACAUGCUCUUAGUAUGUAUCAGAAAUCUUAAUUCCCUAAGAUGUCAUAUAAAGGUUUCUCUUUGAAGGGUAUUUUAAUUACAGGAGAUAACACUGGGUUUCUACCCUUUCCCUCCAGUAGCACAGGGAGAUAAAAUGUUCGAGUGGUGGCAGCAGUGUACUCCCUUUCAAGAUGUUUAAAGACCUCUGGACUCUGGCAUUGCUCUAUUCCCAGUUUUUUGCUAAUGGCAAACCACCAGUACCAUGUGUGACUGCAUUGACAUGAGCUACACAACACUGUCAGCGCUGUCAGAUGUUUGCCUUCUGUGCAAAUGGACUUUGUGCUCCUUUUGAUUACUGGACAAAAAGUUGUAAUUUCCGCCUUUAUCAAUAUCCAUCACCUUGUGAGGCAUCCUUUGUUUUUGCUUUUGAACUGCCUUCUCGUUCAGCAUCAGUCUAGCCUUUCUUUCAUAUCUGGAUAAAUGGAAUAUUUUAAA